CCUCAUCAGGUUCACCCAGGCCCUCUGGCUCAGAUAAUGAACAGUCAUCCAGGCAAUGAACAGUUAUCCAAGCAAUACUUGGACAUGUAAAAAGGAACAGUGAAGAUGGAAUUUUCCUUUUUGUGGAGGCUCUUGAAUGCCAUUAACCCAUCAGUGCACUGAGCUGCUUCUUCACAGAUGAAUGAAUUACCUCUUGGGGAGCUUCAGUUGCAGAGAGAAGGUCAGAAUGGCCUCAGAGGGUGUUGGAGGAUUGCCUUCAGACACUGUAAAAAUUGGCCCUUCAACUUUCUGCUGCCGAAGCUGUAACGCUCACUCGCUUGCUGCUCAUCACAGGAGUGGCCGCAGGCUUGUCAGUGCCUCCCCAAGGACAGGUUUCCUUCUCUGGUUGUAACACGAUUGAUUUUUUGCAGGUCAUUCCCCGUGGGCUGGCGUCUCGCAGUGGGCUGCGGGUAGGGGACAGGAUCCUGGAGGUGAACAGCAUUGACCUGCGCCACGCCACACACCAGGAGGCUGUGAACGCUCUGCUCUCCAACACCCAGGAGCUGACGGUGUUGGUAAGGCGAGAUCCACCGCCGCCUGGCAUGCAGGAAAUAUGCAUUGAAAAGGCUCCAGGAGAAAAGCUGGGCAUCAGCAUCCGGGGCGGAGCGAAAGGUCACGCUGGAAAUCCGUUUGAUCCUACUGACGAAGGCAUCUUCAUUUCUAAGGUGAGCUCCUCUGGGGCUGCAGCGCGGGACGGCCGCCUCAAGGUGGGGAUGCGGAUCCUGGAGGUGAACCAUCAGAGUUUGCUGGGGAUGACGCACACAGAAGCAGUGCAGAUACUCCGAAGUGUGGGUGAUGCUCUCCUGGUGUUGGUGUGUGAUGGCUUCGAUCCCAAGGCUGCAGCUGCCAUCGAGAUGUCUCCAGGAAUUAUUGCAAACCCUUUUGCUGCUGGUAUUGGGCGCAAGAAUAGCCUGGAAAGUAUCUCAUCCAUCGACCGGGAUUUGAGCCCCGAGGAACUGGAGGUGCUGCAGAAGGAGAUGGAAAUGGUGAGAGAAGCGACUCAGUGGGAGAGAGAAGAAAUGGAGAAAGUGGAGUGGAUGCGUAGGGAGCGGGAGGCGGCCACGCGGCAGCUUGAGGAGGAGGCUGCAGAGAAUGUCCCGAGUGAACCUUUGCGAAUGGACUAUCGGACCCUGGCUGCUUUGCCCAGCAGUGGCUCACAGAGAGUCAAUCGCACUGCUCCUGAGUCGGGGACGGGAAAUUCAAGGCGAGAAACCCCCUAUUCUCCCAGUAACCAGCAGAUGCCCGCAGCCGCUCGGCCAGGCAGGGAGACACGCUUUGCUUCCAUUAACUUCAUUGCAUCGCAGGAUGACAGCAGAUCACCAAAGCCACCGUCACCACCCUCUCCUGAUGAGAUUCCCAUCAACGUCAAGCAAGCAUACAAGACUUUUGCAGCAGUGCCCUUGUCACACCCUCUGCUCGAGACACAGGUGCCAACGCAGAGCAGCCUGCACAGCCCGGAGCAGAGGUCCUUCCGUGAGAGGCAGAAAUACUUCGAAGUGGAGGUGAAGCAGCAGCAGGUGGACAAACCUCCCAAACGUGUCUCCUUGGUGGGAGAGGAUGACCUGAAGAAAAUGAAGGAAGAGGAAGCUCGAAAACUGCAGCAGAAACGUUCCCUUCUGUUGGAGGAAGAAGUGGAAGAGGACGAGAUGAUGAAACAAGUGCCUGAGAUGAGCAUGCAGUCCACUGUCAUCAUUGAAGGAGUCGAGUACAAGAUUGAGAGGCUGAAUGGAAGGAGCAGCCAGGCUCCAGCAACUCGGUCCUCAGAGGUGAAUGAGAACAACAGCUCACAGAGGAAUUCGCUGGAAGAAGGAAUGAAGCCUGAGCAGAGAACCAACUCCAUGUCUGGGUUGAGUCCAUUGGGUCCCGCAGCAGGGGAUGCAUCGGCCCCGGUGCGGACAGCCAAGGCGGAGCGCAGGCACCAGGAGAGGUUGCGAAUGCAGAGUCCUGAGCUCCUGAGCAGCCAAGAGAAGGAACUUUCUCCAGCAGAACGUCGUGCUCUGGAGGCAGAGAAGCGAGCGAUGUGGAGGGCAGCACGGAUGAAAUCCCUUGAGCAGGAUGCUCUUAAAGCCCAAAUGGUCAUUGCCAAGUCCAAGGAGGGAAAGAAGCGCAGCACUCUGGAGCAGGUGACAGAGUCACCUUCGCCCGUCCCUACCCCGUCACCAACACCACUGGAAGAUUGCAGUCCCAGGAACGUCACCUCACCAGGAAGGCUGUCUCCUGAUGCAGCUGAUGAGCUGAGAUAUGUGGAGGACAGAAAUAACUCAGUUCCUCAGGAGCAAGACGGCCAGCCGGAGGAGGAGGAAACGCUAUUAACACGUGAUUCAUCAACGCCAACCGCAUCCGCACUUGAAGAGAUGGCUCUGUACAGCAGCAAACGCAAACUGCGGCACAGCCGGCGCAGCCUGGAGGCCGCCGUCCCGACGUAGGCAAUCCAAAGCUCCUGGGCUUUGGGACGGCCCAACACGGGGCUCCUGAAUUUCCCGUGCUCCAGGAGCAGCACCAAACUGCCCGUCGCGCUGCUUCCUGGGCUCCGGGUGGAACUGAGCACCCCGGGAGCGUUGCGGUCAACCGACUUCCUUAAGGCUGCGAAGCGCCCUACUUUUCUCACCCGGUUGUGCGCUGGGCCACGUCCUGACCCCACGUGGGAUGGCACGGACUGACGGAUGGCUGAGCAAGAGGAAGCGUGGGUAGGACAGCGGGCAGCUGCAGUUUGUUAGCCUGUAAAUAUUGGGUAAGGGGGGAGGGAGGGGCACGGUAGGACAGGGAGGACGUAGAGUGUGAGUGUGUUGGGCUCCGGCUGUUCUUUCCUCAACUUGGGUCUUCUGUGUAAUGGUUUGAUAUGAGAGAAUCAUAGAAUGGUAGGAUUCUAUGAGAGCUUCUACCGCGGUCUGAAUGAGAAGGAAGUUCCAGCCUUCGCUCCUCUUGGGUUUCCAGUCUUUUGCCAAGAAGCAUCUUCUCCCACCUCCCGCACUGUGUCACCUCGCUUUCUUUUGGGAGCGUGUGGAAGCUCGGAGGCAAAAAACAAAACAAAACAAACCAUAAAGAAAAGGAAUUUUAGUGAAGUGCCUCCCUCUGACACUGACACCUGUGUGCUCGAAAGGGGACUGAAGGAGCUGGAGCCCAUCCACGCUCCAGGAAGCAUCAGCUCCGUUCCAUCGCCUCUGUGAGCGCAGCAUCUGUAGGGAACUGCUCCUACCUGCAGUGCUGGGCUGUUCUGGGAGACAGGGAUCUGCCCCAGACACACACGUCGUUGUGUGCACGUAGUGCAAGCUGCUGUGCACGUUGCUGGGUGUCAGGCAGGGAUCUGUCUGCCGCCCACAUCACAGCAGAAACAAGAAGGGAGUUGAACAGGUGUGGGAGUGGUAGCGGUGUGAGUGUAGGGCAGCAAUAGCAAGCAGAAUAGGGAAGGGUUAGGAUACGGCAGCAGAGGUAGGAGGUGUAAACAGCAAAUAAGGUAGGGGUUAGGAUUCAGGGAAUGGGGAAGGGUAGGAAGCGGCGUUGCUGGGGUCAGGUUAGGACUAACGGGGUCUUACAGGUAGGGUGCUGGUGGGUGAGUCCCAGUGGCUGUGAGAUGGUAGUGAUGUUGUGAGGGCGCCUAUGGGGUCUGAAGGAGUGGCUGCCUGCCAGGUGGGGUGGAACGGAGCUGGGAAAAACCUGCAAUAAGCACACGGUGCUGCUCUCUGCCAGCGUGUCGACUUCAGGCCCCUGUCUGGGUAGGACAGGGCAAACACAUGCUUGUCCAAGCAAGAGGAGAAAAGAAAAAUGAAAAAGGGACUUGGGUGUGAUUCCUGGUUGCCACACACGGAACAGCGGCCGUGAACAGUUUGCAUCCAGUGUGCUCUACAGACACGGAGGAGGCUGAUGCUGCUCACAGCUCUGAAGUCAGUCUCUGCUGCUCUACUGCCCACUACUGAAGUAAAACAACAACAACAUCCCUGUUCCUUUUUUCUUUUUUUUUUUUUUUAAAUGGAUUUGGUUUGGGUUGGGUUUUCUUUUGUUAAAGCCUCCAAUAGAGAGAAAGGCAUCAGAGUUCAGCAGUCAUUGAUCUGUCCAUCCAGAUCCAUUGGUGCUCUCUGCUGAACUCCAGCAGUAAGGCCAGGGCUGAACUUACCUGGGACGUGGCUUGGGAGCAGCAGGCACGUCUGCUUAUGCAUUUGCUGAAUGACUGGAUGCAAUUUUUUUGUUAUGGUCGAGCAUCUCCCUUCACGCCAAACUCAGUUUGUACCGACUCCACGUGUUUCGUUCGGUGGGGCUCUGAAGGGGGAACUCGGGCAUCUCAAGCUGCAGCUGCGGCUGCUUCCAUCAUCAGCAAUUGGAGCUUUUCCUUUUUAAGGUCUAAUUUUAGCGUAUGCUUUUUAACAAGAGCAGUUUUGGAAGCGAUCUUGGAUUUGUUUUGGUGACUAACGUGAUUCUUUCUUCUUUCCCUUUUUGGUACCCGCUGCCAGGCUCUGGGUUCUCUCCCCUUCUCUCCUGAGAGACUCUGAGGGAAAAUUAAUUAGCGCAUCAAGACUGUAACUAGUGACAUUUGUACAACCAAAGAAAUCUAUUUUGUGGUUCAAGGAUAAUAAAGUUUACUUUACGUUUUAG